AUGCCGGCUUUGGCGAGCGAUACGUUUGACUUGCCUCUGGCAAAGAGGCAAAAGACGGUUCCGGAUCAACAUCCCGGAACUUCGCGCGCAGGCUCGAAGAUCUUUGCGCCAUUUCGGACACUAGGACUGGUUUCUCCAACACCGGUCCCUUUCACCAGUGUGCGCCUGGGCAAAUCCACGUUCCAAAUCACGACCUCGGUGGGCCAUUCACUGCAAACCUAUGACCUGCGCAAAGGUUUGAAUCUGAUCUUCCUGAGUCGACCGCAAACCCCGGAGGCCAUCACUGCCACCUAUGCUUGGCAGGACAAGGUUUUUGCGGCCUGGGGUCAUCUCCGACCUCGGUCCCCCGGGGGGAUCUGGGUCUUCAAACGUGGGAAACGAGUAGCGUCUCUGGAUAGCCCCGGACUCGACGCGCCCAUUGAGCGGCUAGCCGUGUUUGGAUCAUGGGUGGUUGGCUGCUGGGCAGGCGGCUUGGAAGUGUGGAAGACGGGCAGCUACGAGCACUAUGCGAGUCUGCGGCCCCAGCCGAGUCCGGGCUCGUCAGGGGAACAGGUCUACUCGGGAAUUUUGUGCAACAUGCCCACCUAUCUCAACAAGAUUUUCGUGGGCCGCAAUGACGGUGCGGUCGAUAUCUGGAACCUCCGAAGCGGAAAGCUCCUCCAUACCCUGCAGCCACCGUCCCUCUCGUUGCAGACGGGACCCGUGACUGCGAUACACCCGACCCCGGUCUUGUCUCUUCUGGCCAUAGCCCACCGGGAUGGUACCCUGUCGAUCCAGAAUGUUGAUUCCGGCCAAUUGAUCUUGUCUCUGCGGACUGCGGCCGCUCGAGCUCCCCCAGUCACCUCAAUCUCCUUCCGAAGCGAUGGACUGGGUGCCGGUCACGAUGGCCGCAUGGCUGGUGUGAUGGCCACUGCCGCCAGCGGAAGCGGCGACAUCACCAUGUGGGAUCUCAACGAUGGCGGUCGUGUGGCCGGGAUCCUCCGGGGUGCUCACCGAGUAUCGAACACCGAGGCUGCGAUGGGCGUGAAUCGGGUCGAAUUCUUGGACGGGCAACCCGUUCUGGUCUCCUCGGGUGACGACAACGCGCUGAAAACGUGGAUUUUCGACGAAACCCCUUUCUCCCCGAUUCCUCGGCCACUGCAUUCCCGCGGCGGGCAUUCGGCUGCCGUUAGUGCCCUCGAUUUCCUCCCGGCAUCUUCAGAUGGGUCCGACUCCGGCGGGAAAUGGCUUCUCAGCGCCAGCAAAGACUGUAGCCUGUGGGGACUCAGUCUCCGGAAAGACAGCCAGCAUGCGGAGCUGUCUCAGGGCAAUUUGGAGCGCAAGGCCAAGAAAAUGGGACCGUCAGCUCAUUCCAAUGCGACCGCCGCCGAGUCACUUAAGGCGCCCGAGAUUACCUGCAUCGCGAGCUCGCUCAACCGCGAUGGCGGGAUGGGGGUCACCACAUCGGGUCCGAUCUGGUCCAACCCGAAGUUCGGCAGCACUGAUGCGUCGAAUGCCACCGGCUGGGAGAGCGUCAUCACCGGCCAUCGGGGCGACAAACAUGUUCGGACCUGGUUCUGGGGCAAAAAGAAGGCGGGACGCUGGGCGUUUGCGACGAGCGAUGGAACGGAAGUCAAGAGCGUAGCAAUGUCACAAUGUGGAACUUUUGCAGUCGUCGGAUCCGCUGGGGGUGCGAUUGACAUGUUCAAUAUGCAGUCAGGUCUCCAUCGGCAGAGUUUCCCCUCUCGCUUGCCCAAGUCCCGAACUGCCAAGUUGCAGUCGGGAGACCAUUCGGCAGCAAAACAUUCCAAAGCAGUCACUGGGCUGAUGGUUGAUAAUUUGAAUCGAACUGUGAUCAGUUGUGGCCUGGAUGGCAAAGUGAAGUUCUGGGACCUUCUGACGGGGUCUUUCAUCGACCAGCUAGAUUGGCAUCCGAUGGCAGCUAUCACAGGGCUCCGCUAUAGCAAGACUAGUGAGUUGGUCGCCUUUAGCUGUGAUGACCUCUCCAUCCGGGUGGUCGAUCUCGAGACCCGCAAACUUGUUCGUGAGUUCUGGGGAUGCGUCGGCCAGGUCAACGACUUUAUAUUUUCCAAUGAUGGCCGAUGGAUCAUUGCAGCCUCGAUGGACUCCGUGGUCCGGGUGUGGGAUCUCCCUACGGGCCAUCUCAUCGAUAUCUUCCGGGUAUCUAGUACUUGCGUCUCGCUGGCGAUGUCUUCGACGGGCGAGUUCCUUGCCACUGCCCACGCCGGGAGCAUCGGAAUCAGCCUCUGGAGUAAUCGCAGCCUGUUUAUGCCCAUGUCCACCAAGAAUCUGGAGGAGGACGUUAUUGAGGAUGUUGGGAUGCCGACAUCAUCUGGUGAGAGCGGCGCAGGACUUGUUGAAGCAGCAUUCUUGGAUGCACCGGAGGCGGAUGAGGCAGAAGGACCGGUGUUGGCAACUGACCAGCUUCAGCAAGACAUGGUUACUCUGAGCUUGGUACCCAAGAGCAGAUGGCAGGCCCUGCUUCACCUUGACUCCAUUCGGGAACGCAAUCGACCGAAAGAAGCACCUAAGGCGCCUGAGAAGGCGCCGUUCUUCCUUCCCUCCCUUCUCGGCCCCGGCGGCUCGCAGUCCACCAACGGAACCGCCGCCGUGGAUGCGGCUGAAUUGGAAGCUCUCACCCAAAGCGCCGCGGCCGAACGAUCCCGGCUUUCCAAGAUCCAGUCUGCCACCGUGGGCUCCUCUGAAUCUCCUACCACACGGUUGCUGGAAUCUGGACAUCGAUUUGGUGCUUUUGAUCCCUUCCUGGAGCACCUCAAAUCUCUUUCGCCCGCCCGGGCCGACUUGGAGAUCCGCUCUCUGGACCCUCGGGUACGCAAUGGCUUCUCGGAGUUGGUAACCUUUGUCAAUGCCCUCACCAUACGCCUCCGGUCGCGGAGAGAUUUCGAGCUGGUCAACGCGUGGAUGGCGGUAUUUCUGAAAAUCCACGCCGACACGGUGGGGCUCUGUUCUCAUCGGGGUGAACCGGAGUAUCGGAUGUUGCGCGAUGCUCUGGCUUCCUGGGCUCGUGAGCAACAGCAGGAAGGGGAGCGUUUGGCUGGGCUGGUGGGAUACUGUCGGGGUGUCGUGGGAUUCCUCCGAUCGGCCCGCUGA